AGGGUGUUUUUGGAGAGAUGGGCCAUCGUUGUUGCAGCAAACAGAAGAUCAAAAGAGGAUUAUGGUCUCCUGAAGAAGAUGAUAAGCUUGUUGCAUAUAUCACUACUCAUGGACAUAAAAGUUGGAGUUCUGUCCCAAAGUUUGCAGGUCUUCAGAGAUGUGGAAAGAGUUGCAGAUUAAGAUGGACGAACUAUUUGAGACCAGAUCUAAAACGAGGUUCCUUCACUGUAGAAGAAGAACAUAUCAUAAUCGACAUACAUAGAAUUCUCGGAAACAGAUGGGCCCAAAUAGCAAAGCACCUUCCUGGUAGAACUGACAAUGAAGUGAAGAAUUUUUGGAACUCAUGCAUCAAAAAGAAGCUCAUUUCACAAGGCUUAGAUCCACAAACUCACAAUUUACUUUCUUCUCAUAAAAGAAACAACUCAUCAUAUCAAAACUCCAAUUCCAUUUUCAUUCUCACUUCACAAAUGCCACCAAAUGCUAACUAUCAUAUUGAAACAACAAAUCAAACUUUUUCACCACCAAAUAUUAUUCAAACUCCUUCUACAAUUGUUUCCACAAACCAAUAUCAAACAUCUUUCAAUGUAAUUUCAAAUCAACUAUGUCUUCCCGAGCAAGAACAGGCUCGAAUAAUAACCGAGAACAUAUCGAACGUUUGUUCUUCAUCCGGCCUAGACACUACUGUUGUUGAAAAUGAAAUAUCUAAGAAUAAGAAUGGCAUUUGGGUUUCAAGAGAUGAAGAAGGAACACAAGCUAGAGUGGAGGAAGAGAAGGAGAAGAUGUGUGAGAAAGGAAUGGAUUUAAGUGAAAUUGAAAUGAAUGGUUUUUUUGAGAAUUCUAAGUUUGAUUUUGGGUUGUUGGAGAGUGUACUUAACUCUGAAUUUAUAUCUCAUGAUCUAGAUUAUAUGGAUGUACUUGCAUGGAAUUUUUAAGACCAUGUUCUAAUAAUUUGGCUAUCUAUCUGUAUAUAUUAUCACUGAGUUUCCUACAUAUAAUAAGAUGUGUUGUCCAC